AUGGCAAACUACCCAACCCGUCAAGAUGUCCCGCCAUGGGUGAAAGUCCCUGAAGAUCUGAAAGAUCCAGAGGUAUUCCAAGUCCAGACACUGCUGCUAAAAUAUCUGUUUGGCCCACAAGGAUCUCGACUCACUCACAUGGAGCAGGUGAGCAAGGUCAUGCUGGAGCUGAAGAGUCUGGAGUCUUCUGAACUCAGUGAGAUCUUAGUUUAUGGCUCUCAUGACCACAAGCUUCGGGCCAAGUGGAUGCUUCAGUCCAUGGCAGAGAGGUACCGCCUGCGCCAGGAAAGAGGAAUGCUGAAGCUGGAGGAAGCCAUGGAGACCUUGGAACUAAGCCAGGGUUUGGAGUGA